CUAAAAGUAUAAUUCAGACAGAUCGACAGCUUUGUCACUUUAGAGCGUUUUCCAUAAAUGGUAGAGUUUGCUGAAAUUUGAUACUUUAUUAGUAUGUGUAUAUUCAAAUCAAACAUAUGAUCUGUCAGAAAUAUUUGCAACAACAUGCUCCAGAGCAUUUUACCAGUCGACUGUAAAGUCGAAUUCUCAAAUGUCAUUAAAACCGAUGGAUUUUCAGCUGAUGUGGUUCUAUUGCAAAAAAUUACAAAUAGUACAGAUGAAUACAGAUGCAUAUCUAGCGAAGACGUAGAAAUUUUCCAAUUGGGAGAUGCUAUGAAGAAUGAAAACUUGGCUGAUGCUUCUCUUUGCGGGUUGGAUCCCAAUCGACAUCAGGUUUUUGCUGCUGCUUAUGGGGAGGAGUACUAUACCUUAACAGGGUCUAUAAGACACUCAAAGAGAGAAACAAAAAGAAUGUCUCGAGAAAAUAUAGAGGAUAUACUUCUCAACAUUGCUACAACCAAGACAGCUGUUCUUUCAAACUAUUUGCAAUACAUAACUUAUACCCUCUUACAUCUAAACAGAAUACUAGCAUUUAACAAUUUUUCAACUGCUGAAAGUCGCUUUCACCUAUACCAGGGAAUUCAAAAGGCCAGACAAGAAAUGGCCAAUGUCACUAUUAAUGGUGAAAAAAAAAUACAAUAAGGCCAAAAGAAAGAACACAAAGAAGAAGAGGAAGAAAAGAAAGAAGAG